GCACUGGAGUCGAUUGGGGUUAAUGCGUUGAAAUAAUAACCUCCGGGACGCCAGUUCGUUCGUCUUCAGUCUUCUUCUCCGUUUCUACUAUUUCGGUUCUCUUUCUGUUAUUCCAUUGAUACCUACAGACGAGGGCUGAAUCUUGGCAAUGGCAUCGCGCGGUAGCAGCGUCCUUAGGGACCGCGAAAAGGCCCCACGAUCCUCCCGCAACGGCGAACGCGAACGCGAACCGUCGCUCCCUAAGACCCGACAAGAGAUCGUGAACGGCCCUAGUGAGAAAAAGAAGGGUCUUUUCCGAGUCAAGUCGGCCGGAGAGUCUGGGCGAAGCGGCAUACAUCCCCUCCAAUUCUUAGCCAUCACUUGGCGUUCUAGCAAUUGGGUAUCGCGAAUGGUCAAUAUCCUUUGGCCUUUCGUACCAGCUGCCAUCGCCGCCCACUAUGCUAUCGAAGAACACGCAGUGUUGAAGUUUAGCUUGGCCUAUGUCGCGAUGGUACCAUGCGCAAACCUCAUCGGCUUUGCUGGCCAGGAGCUGGCGAGGAAGUUGCCACACAUGCUUGGGGUUCUCACCGAAAUCACUAUUGCCUCUAUAGUCGAAAUCAUCUUAUUCAUGAUUCUACUUUUCCACGACGAAUAUUAUGUCAUCCAAGCCGCUAUUCUGGGAUCGAUCUUGGCAAACAUGCUGUUAUGCUUGGGACUCUGCUUCUUUGCUGCUGGUCUUCGACGAGAGGAAGCCACAUUCCACGCCGCCGUCAGCGAAGUCGGCUCAAAUCUCUUGCUCAUCGCUGGACUUGGCCUAGCAAUCCCCACAGUCUUCGAACGUUCAGUCACGAAUUCGGGGUUCAACCUAACUACGGAAGAAAUCAGCAACAGAGUGCUCAAUAUUUCUCGUAUCAUAGCAAUCCUAUUGAUCAUCGCCUAUGGAGUUUUCAUUUUCUUUCAGAUGCACACGCAUCACGGCAUCUACGAUGAGCUUUAUGAGAUGGAUGAAGAGCGAGAUGCCGAUGGUCACAAGGAUCGGACGAAGGAUAAGUACACUUUUAUCGAGUGCAUCUUCGCCUUGACGCUUGCCGUAGCCCUCGUGACAUUCAUCGCCAUCGCUCUGGUGGGAGAGAUCCCCAAUAUAGUGGAGAGGCAUAGUAUUUCCGACCCGUUCAUGGGUUUGAUCCUAGUUCCUCUGGUUGAGAAGGCUGCCGAGCACUUGACAGCCAUCGACGAGGCGUGGGAUAAUCAGAUCAACUUUGCUUUAUCUCACUGCAUCGGCGCUACCAUCCAGACUGCGAUGCUCAAUGCCCCACUGGUUGUCAUCGUAGGAUGGAUCGCUCGGCGUCAAAUGGCCCUCGAGUUUGAGAUUUUUGAUAUCGUCAUGUUGAUCCUCGCUAUCAUUACCGUUGGAAACGUCCUAAGAGAUCAGAAGAGCGAUUAUUUGGAAGGAUUCUUAUGUGUUAUCGUUUAUGUCGCUAUCGCCGUCGCCGCUUUCUACUUCCCGAACCCUCACGAAGCUGCCGGUCACGCAACAACGAGCGAGACAACUAGUGAAACGACAAACGAGAUCACAGUCCACGCGCUGAGACAUUUCGGUAUAAUACAAUAAGAUUGGAGAGGAUAGUUGGAGCAUGCAUUCAUCAAGAUUGGCGUUGAAAAGGAAGAUAUUAAUUGGAACGGUCGCAUCUUCAUGGCAUAACUUAUGAGCUCAGGAGUUCCUUGUUAUCUAUUGCUACGGGGCCAUUAUUUUGGCAGGUUGAGCAUCUAUACGAAUUCAUUAUGCAUUUGACGAGAAUUCCUACUUUGUCGUAUUUUACUAGGCAGGUAUGCACAUCAAUUAUGAGAAUAUGUACCUAUCUACCUACCCAGUAGGUAUUUUACAAGAAAAGUGAAC